UGGUCUCUCGAUUAUCUCUUUUUAUUAUGCAAACAAGUCGUUGCCAUGCAGUGCAGCGAGAAAGCAAGUCAACCAUGCAUAUAGAAUGCCGUCCACCACGGCGACGACUGACGAGAUGAGAUUCCAAAUCCACCUGCAGGCUGCAGCUGCAUUUCUAGGACCAGACCAACAGGAACAAGAGAAUCCCCCCUUUCCUCCCCCAAGGCCGGAUUGCUUUGGCUCGUCUUGCUUGAUUCGGUCUUCCCUCCCGACCCAACCCGUUCCAUCUUGGCUUCUGCGCGGAGCUUUCAAGGAGCAAGCUACAUCAUUUCUUGCCUCUUUCCCCGACCGGCCUUCUCUUCUCUUGUGUAAUUUAUAUCGGCAGGCAGGCUGCAGCCUGGAGGCUCUUCUUGACUUGCUUCCUUGUUUGUUCAAUUCAUUCUUUCCAGCUUAAUUUUUUUUGCUGCUACCUUUCCUUUCCAUUUGUCCCUCCCUCCCUCCCUCCUUGCUACCCGCUCCUGCUUAUAAAGCUCGCCGGCUCCCAAUCUUGUUCAGUUUCAGUAGUUUGUUGAUUUUAUUUACUCCCACCACCACAAGCAGCAGCAGCAGCAGCAGCUUAAUUUGCAUUCUCGAAUUGAUCGAUUGCCUCGUCUUGUUGCAUUCCAUUCCGUUGCUUUGCUGCUGCAAUCAAACCAAACCAAACCAAACCAAACCAAAUCAAAUCAAUACAAUACAAUUAAUGGCCGGCGGCGGCGGAGGAGAUGGCCGCCGUCGUAGGAGGAGGAAGAUGCAGCUGAGCAGGCUCUACAGCUUCGCGUGCGGCCGGAGGCCCAGCGUGGCCGACGACGACCCGGGGUCCAGGAUCGGCGGGCCGGGCUUCUCGCGGGUAGUCAACGCUGGCGCCCUGGCCCAGCAGCCGCCGCCGGAGCAGCUCCUGCCGACCGGCAGCAACUCCAUCUCCACGACCAAGUACAACGUGGCCACCUUCCUGCCCAAGUCCCUGUUCGAGCAGUUCCGCCGGGUCGCCAACGUCUACUUCCUCAUCAGCGCCUGCCUCGCCUACACCAAGCUCGCCCCCUACACCUCCGCAAGCGCCAUCGCGCCGCUCGUCAUCGUCAUCGUGGCCACCAUGGUCAAGGAGGCCGUCGAGGACUGGAGGAGGAACCAGCAGGACACCGAGGUGAACAACAGAAGGACAAAGGUGUUCCAGGAUGGUGCGUUCCAAGAUGCCAAAUGGAAGGACCUCCGUGUUGGUGAUAUUGUCAAGGUUGAAAAGGAUGACUUCUUCCCGGCUGAUCUUGUCUUGCUUUCGUCAAGCUACGAGGACGCCGUUUGCUAUGUCGAGACGAUGAACCUUGACGGAGAGACAAACCUCAAGCUGAAGCAGUCCUUAGAGGUAACCUCCAACUUGCAGGAUGAUGAGAGCUUCAGCUCCUUCGGGGCUGUAAUAAGAUGUGAAGACCCAAACGCACAUCUCUACUCGUUUGUCGGCAACAUUGAAAUCGAAGAGCAACCGCACCCGCUCUCACCUCAGCAGCUGCUCCUCAGAGACUCUAAGCUUCGGAACACCGAGUUUGUGUACGGCGUGGUCAUCUUCACAGGCCAUGACACAAAGGUUAUGCAGAACGCUAUGAAAGUUCCAUCCAAAAGAAGCAAUAUUGAAAAGAAGAUGGACUGGAUCAUUUACCUCCUUUUGUCUUUGCUCGUCCUAAUUUCAUUCAUUGGCUCAAUUUUCUUCGGCAUUGCAACCAGAGAUGACCUGCGAGAUGGCAGGACCAAGAGAUGGUACCUUAGGCCUGAUGACACUACCAUCUACUUCGAUCCAAAAAAGGCAGCUAUAUCAGCAGUACUCCACUUCCUGACAGCAAUGAUGCUUUAUGGCUACUUCAUCCCAAUCUCCCUCUACAUCUCCAUUGAGAUCGUCAAGCUAUUGCAGGCGCGGUUCAUCAACCAGGACAUCCACAUGUAUCAUGAAGAGACCGACACGCCAGCUCAUGCUAGGACGUCCAACUUGAACGAGGAGCUGGGUCAAGUUGACACAAUUCUGACAGACAAAACCGGGACUUUGACUUGCAACUCCAUGGAGUUCAUCAAAUGUUCUAUUGCAGGAACUGCAUACGGCCGUGGUAUCACCGCGGUCGAGAGAGCUAUGGCAAAGAGGAAAGGCUCCCCAUUGAUCGCCGACAUGGACAAUGGCAUCGAGCGUUUUCAGCCUGAGGGGAAUAUUGCAGUCAAAGGAUUUAAUUUCAUGGAUGAGCGUGUCAUGAACGGUAACUGGGUCAACCAACCCCACUCCAAUGUGAUUGAGAUGUUCUUCCGGUUGUUGGCAGUCUGUCACACAUGCAUACCUGAAGUUGACGAAGAAUCAGGGAAAAUCUCAUACGAAGCAGAGUCUCCAGAUGAGGCAGCCUUUGUUGUUGCAGCACGGGAACUCGGUUUCACGUUUUACCAACGGACACAGACAGGAGUUUCUCUGCAUGAGUUAGAUCCCUUGUCUGGAAAACAAGUUGACAGAUCAUAUAAGAUCUUGCAUGUCCUUGAGUUCAAUAGUGCUCGGAAGCGGAUGUCAGUAAUAGUUAAGGAUGAGGAGGGGAAAACAUUUCUCUUCAGUAAAGGUGCUGACAGUGUAAUGUUUGAAAGGCUAUCAAGUUCUGAGGGUGCGUACAGACAAGUGACCCAACAGCACAUAAACGAAUACGCUGAUGCCGGUCUGAGAACACUAGUUCUUGCAUACCGUGAACUUGAGGAGGAUGAAUACGCAUACUUUGACAGGAAGUUCACAGCAGCUAAGAAUUCUGUCAGCGCUGAUAGAGAUGAAAAGAUUGAAGAGGCUGCAGAUUUGCUAGAGAGGGAUCUGAUCCUUCUUGGCGCUACCGCUGUUGAGGAUAAACUACAAAAGGGGGUGCCGGAAUGCAUUGACAAACUUGCUCAAGCUGGCAUCAAGAUAUGGGUGCUGACAGGCGACAAGAUGGAGACCGCCAUCAACAUCGGAUAUGCCUGCAGUCUACUCAGACAAGGAAUGAAGCAAAUAACCAUCACACUGGAGACAGCAGAUAUCAUUGCUUUGGAGAAAGGUAGUGACAAAGCAGCCAUUACUGAGGCAUCAAAGGAUAAUGUGGUGCGGCAAAUAAACGAGGGAAAGAAACUCAUAAAUGCAUCUGUUGGUGAAACCUUCGCCUUGAUCAUUGAUGGGAAGUCACUCACAUAUGCGCUGGAAGACGACGCCAAGGGCAUCUUCCUUGAUCUUGCAAUUGGUUGUGGCUCGGUCAUCUGCUGCCGUUCUUCACCCAAGCAGAAAGCUCUUGUUACCAGGCUAGUCAAAACCGGCACUGGUAAAGUUACACUGGCAAUUGGUGAUGGUGCGAACGAUGUCGGCAUGAUUCAAGAGGCAGAUAUUGGGGUUGGGAUCAGCGGUGCUGAAGGAAUGCAGGCUGUCAUGGCAAGCGAUGUUUCCAUUGCCCAGUUCCGCUUCCUGGAGCGUCUGCUACUUGUCCAUGGGCAUUGGUGCUAUAGCAGGAUCUCAUCAAUGAUAUGCUACUUCUUCUACAAGAACAUCACGUUUGGUGUGACCAUGUUCCUUUACGAGGCGCACACAACAUUUUCAGGCCAGGCUUUCUACAACGAUUGGGCAAUGGCGCUCUACAACGUCCUCUUCACGUCGCUUCCUGUGAUUGCUAUGGGCGUGUUCGACCAAGAUGUUUCUGCUCGGUUCUGCCUCAAGUACCCGAUGCUCUACCAAGAGGGUCCUCAGAACCUGCUGUUCCGAUGGGCAAGGAUCCUAGGAUGGAUGCUGUACGGCGUGGCAAGCGCUGUCAUCAUCUUCUUCCUCAGCGCCGGCUCGCUGCAGUACCAGGCGUUCCGCAAAAGCGGAGAGGUGAUGGACAUUGAGAGCCUCGGUGCGACCGCCUACACGUGCGUCGUCUGGGCUGUGAACGCUCAGAUGGCGAUCACAGUGAGCUACUUCACCCUGAUACAGCACAUCUGCAUCUGGGGUGGCAUUGCCCUGUGGUACGUGUUCCUGGUGGCCUACGGUGCAAUCACGCCAACUUUCUCAACGACCUUCUUCAUGGUGUUUGUGGACGCACUGGCGGGCGCGCCGUCCUACUGGGUGGUCACCCUGCUGGUGUCCGCCGCCGCGCUCAUCCCCUACUUCACCUACGCGGCCAUCAAGACGUGGUUCUUCCCGGACUACCACAACAAGAUCCAGUGGCUGCGCCACAGGGACAGAGGCCAGCCUGACAGCAACGCCGACCUUGAGUUCGGCCAGGCCCUCCGCCAGUUCUCCGUAAGGUCCACCGGGGUCGGCGUGUCGGCACGCCGUGACGCCGUGGAGCUUGUUCGCCUCAACACUAAGGUUUACCAUGCGGAUCCACCCCAGUUGUCAUGACAAAACAGCACGAGUCCCUAUGUAAAUACAAAUCAGCAGGAGUCGUUUCUUUUCUUUGUUAGAAAGGAAAGAGGAGCAGCAGCAGCUAGGGUCAACUCAACUGUACAUUAGAAUUUUUUGUAGGAGCCAUUUUUUGUAUUCAUUAAUUUGAGGUGGUGGCAGCGGGAGGAUAAAAGUUAUUACGUACUAGUUUUCAUUCUUUUCCCCUCACUAAAUAAUUUGGGGAUGACAUUUUCAUUCCCUUUUCUUCUUAAAUAAAUAUACAGCAAGGAUGGAAA